AUGGAUGGAAUCAGUGCGGCCGCCAGCAUCAUCACCAUUUGGGAUCUCACAACCAAAAUCGCCCACUUUGCAAAGUCGAUCCAGGAUGCACCUGGGGCAUGGCGAAAGUAUGCCGACGGCCUCCACGCAGUUGCUUGUAUUCAGUCUGUACUGCAACAGAAUUUGGAUACUUAUCCCCAUCUCACCGCUCUAACGAUCGAUGAUGACGGGAAAAAACGACCAAUUGUUGAAUACAUUAACGACAGGUUAUCGGUUGUGAGAGACGAUGCGUCUGCUCUUUUGAAGCGGUACGAUCCAACAGCGCACAAGAGGGCGGGAACAAAAGGGCGAAUUUUCAAAUGGAUCGUUCGCAAGGAUAAGGCUAUUUCGUUUGUGCUACAUCAGACCCAAAUCGAACACUUGAUUGAAGCGGUUGAUCAUGCGCAAUCGUAUCUUCAUUUUGUUUUGCCGUUGAUCUUGAUGCACACCUCAGAGUCUUGGCGAGAACAAUCAGGAAAUCUCCUCCAAUCCAUCUGGAAAGAAGUGCGCAAGUCGGGUACUAGACUCGAUGAGUUGAAAGAUGACGGCAAUAGGAUGCGAGAUGUCGUACUCGAGGUUGUUGCGAAGCAAGAAGAAUCGCCGGAUGACGCCAGUGUCAGAAACGUCAUGACCCGAGAACAGACUCUGAUUGUCAAAUCCUCCAAGUCUCGCCAUUUCGCCAAACAAGCAAAACGUCGAGUUCGUUCGGCCACAAAGUCGGUCAAGGAGUCCUUGAGCCGAGCCUCACCUUCCAACGGAUCCUCUCUCCAUACCCAACCUCAUACGAACCCAGCGAAUGGGCUUAGUGAGGAUGAAGACGCAGAUCAACAUGACUCUGACGAUGAGUUUGACUGCGCAGAUAUGCAAACCCUCCAGGAUGCCUCGGGCGAAUCGUUGAUGGAGGCUCGAGCAGGUGACGACGACACGACGGAAUAUGGGUUCGUUUUUGACAAAGAGACGGGCAAAACAUUCCAGAUUCCUCUCAAGUCUGCGGGUUACGAGCUUGCCCUCAGCCCUACUACAAACAGCGGCGGAAUUUAUGACCAUAUUUCACACGCCGCAGCCACGGUUCGAGCCGACGAGUUCCUAGAGUCUCUGCCAGAUGACCAGUGGGAGGUCGUUAAAAACGGACCCAUAGAAGGAGCCAUAGAGAUGGCGACGUCGAAUUGUUGCACGGCAAAUAUAACGGACGCCGAAAUGAUGACAACUCACUCUUGGGUGUCAUUAGAACUUCGUCCCAAGUCGGACAUCUUCAUUGCCGCUACUGUCUCAUUGGAAGCCUGCAGAAAUCAAGAGUCUGAGAAGUUCCUGUUUUGUAUCGAACGAAUUACGGCAACGACUGAAGGCCAGGUUUUCUCUAUUGUUGUGCCCUGUUCCGUUCGAGGGCGCCUCAACUGCAAGCAUAUUACCAUUGAGGUCGAGGAUGGACCAGCCUUCUCUCAAGAAUUGCCGUUUCGGGUAGAGUUGGACUCUAUUGAGCAUGUCUCAAGCUCUAGUGACGAUGAACUUGAUGAUGUAUUGAGUUCACGAAACGGCAUGCUCGCAUUGUUUGCCAGAUGUCGUUUCGGAUGUCUCCAUACGGUGGUUGAGCACGAAGAUCAUGAGCAAUCGGGAUGUGCACAUCGGCAUAGAUUCAAUGGCGUGCCUCGUAACACAUCUGUUCCGUCUGAUGAUUCCGGCAACGAUACCGAAGUCGCUGAAACAACAGUUCCUGAUGACCAAACCGCUGGGGUUAGCCUUCCCUUCCAACCUGGUCCUGGCGACGACCAAGACGCGCUCGAGUUGCUACGGAAUGUCAUAUUCGACAGUGAGCUGCCAAAUCCCACCGCAAUCGACUUGAACAUGCUCUUUAAAUUCACAUCCCUCGCGGUCAAGUAUGCAGAUGCAGUUGGGCAGAAGCCUUCUCGACAGGCAAGACACUGGGUGCAGUCUCUACGACCAUCUACUUCAUUUGACGGAAAUGCGCUUACCUGGCUUUGGAUCAUGUGGAAGCUUCAGCUGGGAGCAGAGUUCAAGACGCUCUCUUCGAUCAUUCAGCGGGAAGCAAAAGAGCCCAUUUCAGAACUCCUGGAUCUGCGUGGAAACCCCAUACAUGAGGCGAAGUUCUCGGACCGACUUCUGAAUUUACUCGGUGCACCACGGUCCGUCGCUUUGUCGCGAGUUAGAGACACGAUAUUGUCCGAGAUGGAGUUACAGCGGCAAUACCAUCAGAGGGGUAGACAGGGGGGUGAAAGCAUGCUUGGGAAGUCAAUUGUUUUAGAGCCCUCGCUCAUCUUUGGCUAUCUGCAAUUGGAAUAUGAGACGUGGCUCUCGCCACAGAAUGAAGCCAGACACGGGCAAGAUUUCCCAGGCGCAAGCUUUGUCGACGUACGCGAUGCGGUUCUCAAAAUGAACGACCUGAGAGUGUGGAAGAUCAGUACCCUGUCAUCAGCAGACAAGAUGGAUCCCCGUCUCGCCAUGCUUUCGAUGCUUAUUCCUGUUAUAGGCGCAGAAUUGCAUGUCGAGGGUCUUCAUUUGUAUAUCGACACCGAUAUCAAGGAUAGACUGGUAGCGUUGGUUACGGAGUUGGACAAUCAGGACUGGGGGGUCGAUUUGGCUUCGAUCACGCCAUAG